CGACAUCUAUAGAGUCCCCAUAGGUAGACCUUUUCGCAAUCAUGGCGCCGUCAAAUGAGGCAGACAUGUCUGUCGACUAUUACGAACUGCUUUCCAUCCCAGCAACGGCCUCAGAGUCUGAAAUCCGACGUGCUUACAGGAAAACCUCGCUGCUAUAUCACCCAGACAAAGUCAAGCCCACCCCAGAGACCUUGGAGAAGUUCCAGCUCCUGCAGACUGCGCUUAAUAUCCUCACAGACGCUGCCGAGAAAAUCAAGUAUGACCAGACGCGGGAAGCGAAGCAAAGGCGCCUGGCAGAGACCGCCGCGCUGGAAAGCCGACGACGACAGAUGAAGGAAGAGCUGGAGAAACGAGAGGGAUCUGCCACUGGUAUGCCCGCCACUGUGAGCGGCGUGAAGCGCACCUGGACCGAGCGAGAACUUGAGAUCAAGCGCAUCGCUGAAGAGAACAGAAAGAAGCGGGAGGCGGCCGUGGCACACAAGGUGCAAGAGGCGCAGGCACGAACACAGGCAGCCGAGGCAGCAGAGGAACAGCAAUCUUCCAGCUCGAUAGACAGGUCUGUCAAAGUGCGCUGGAUCAAGGAAGCAGACGGGCUAGAUAUCGAUCAGGAAGCACUCGAAGAGAACUUCGCCGCGGGCGAUGUGGAGAAUGUCCUGAUGCUGAAAGACAAGAAACGUCGUAUCGAAGGAAGAGAUAAAAAGGUCUUACUGGGCACUGCCGUCAUCGUGUUCAAAUCUAUGGCUAUAGCUAAGAAGGUCGUGGCACAGGGUCCUUGGGAGGGUAUCGAAAGCGUUGAGUGGGCCGCAACAAGGGAAACUGAUGGCGGUUGAGAGUGGAGGAAGGCUCAUGACUUCUACAAUUUCCGACAACAGCAUCCUGCUAUGGUGUUUGCGUUUCCGCCCGAAACGGAGAAUAUUGAGCACCCGCCCUGGAAUGGACCAAGGCAAACUUUCGUCAGUGAGUUGCUGUCAGUCGUCAAGCGCUGAAUAUGACAGCAGAAUGUCCCCCCAAGGAUGUUGUUUCCUCGACCAAUGGAACUCACAACAAGAAGGGUUCGCACGGGGAUUCCACCAGUGCUUGAAAGUGCCUGUGCUUGACACUGACUGACCUGUGCCCCUCGGUUUGCUAGAAGCAAGUCGGAAUCCAUGAUUGUCCAUUCCAGACACCGCAAAGGACCAACCAAGUCCGGACCAUCCCGCCGAUGAGUAUCCUGGAGAAUGACGCUUUGCACAUGAUGAGACCAUCCGCUACCAGACGCCUUUGCUAGGCUGCGAAGGCCAGUACCUCAAGGAAACAGAAGGCGUGGAUGCUAGUGAUUGAUGCCUCUAGGUUUGCGUGUAGAAGCGUUUAGCGACCAUAGAGGACGAGAUCCCUUGUUUGUGACGUUCCAAAGGGACUUCUCGAAAGCCUUUCCUUUAAUCAAGUUCCUCUUCAUCUUC